AUGACAAAUGAAGACAAGGGAAAGGCUCUUUGUUCGGCGGCGAAGCACGGCUGGACGGAGGUGGUCUUUGCGUUACUUGAACUAGGCGCAGAGCCGGACUUUAAAGACCAAUCCAGAGGACAAGAUUCGAGAACAGCACUGUCACAAGCGGCGGGAAAUGGAAGCAUCAACGCUAUGGAGGAAUUGAUGGAUUGGGGGGCAUUUCCAAACGCACAAGACGCUGAAUACCGGACGCCUCUGUCGUACGCCUCAGAAAUGGGACAUAGUGCUGCGAUUCGGAUAUUACUGGGAGAUCAACGCGUCGACCCAAACACUAAGGAUAUGAAAGGAUUAACUCCGCUGCUGUGGGCGGCCAAGAAUAGCCAUGAGGCUGCUGUGAUGUUGCUGAUUGAGAAUGGCAACGUUCACUUGGACGAUAAGGAUAAUAACGGAUGCACACCGCUAAUACUAGAAGCCAUGAAUGGACAUGAAGCAGCCGUGGAGCUGCUGGCUAACAGAGGUGCAAUUAUAAACGCACAAAAUAAGGAAGGACAGACACCGCUAUUGUGGGCGGCUAAUCUUGGAAACCAAGCAAUUGCGAAGUUGCUGAUUGAGAAUGGCGCGGACUUA